CUUCUCGCCACUAGAUGGAAGUCGCGUUCCGUCAAAAUAUUGGCAGCAGUUGCUGGCACCCUGACUCAAGAUUACAUCUGAGGAUCCGAACUAAUAGCUCUGUGGGUGUCCCACAUGACAUAUAUUAUAUCAGCGAACAAACAACUACACAUCGGCGGAUCAUCAGCCAGCACAUUCACUUCAUGUGUGGGUUUUGAGCAAAGUUUUUGAUGGCGUUCGCUGCAGGAACUUCUGGUCUUUACGUCAACCUCAGGACCAAAGCCCCCCCCCCCCUCCCAUCCCUCUCCUCCUCCUCCCUCCAUCCCUCUCUUGCUAUUCGAAUAGAGAGCCUGCGGAGCACUCUUUUGUUCAGUAGCGCUCAGCUGCUGGAGAGGUGAGCACCACUCGAGCGCUCAUCCACUCAUCGCGGCUGCUGCCUCGGCUCGUCUCCUAAGGAAGCGGGGAUACACUGUUCGAGACAGUCAUCCAGUGCAUGCAAAAAGGUUACCGCGCUUCCCAGGCAGCCCAACCCGACACCCAGAGCUGCUCCGUUUUAGCCCCCCGAACUUGCAGGGCUUUUACGCGUCGUUGGAUGGUUCAGCUCCCUCGUCUGUGGCGCUACCGCCUGCAUCGUAUCAGACCGACGCUCCUGUGAGGCUACAGCAUCGCUCUACAUUCCUGAGGACUGGACCUCACUUCAUCCGAAAGGUGCAGCAGGAUGCUGGGCGUACUGCCUGUGUGUGGAGUGCAGUGCCUGCUGGCCCUCCUUCUGCUUCAAACUGUGGGCUAUGGCAUAACCAACGCCGACGCUGUGGUGAAUAUGCGGAAGGUGACCCAUCAAACCAUUAGUGAGGAGCUGUCCAAAACCAUUCUGCUCCCCUGCGUCUUCACUCUCCGUCCCAGUUCAUCCCAUGAGCCCCCUAGGAUCAAGUGGACUAAGGUUUGGGGCCAAAGAGGUUCUGAUGGCCUGCAGAAGGAGCAGUCAGUCCUGGUGGCCAAAGAUAAUGUGGUCAAGGUGAAGAAGGCCUUCCAGGGUCGUGUAACGCUGCCUGGAUACAAUGAAAACCGCUACAACGCCAGUCUCGCUCUGUCAGGCCUACGUUCUAGUGACUCUGGUCUGUACCGCUGUGAGGUCGUGGUGGGCAUCAAUGAUGAGCAGGACACAGUUCCCCUGGAGGUCACAGGUGUGGUAUUUCACUACCGGGCCCCCCAUGACCGCUACGCCCUGUCCUUUGCUGACGCCAAGAAGGUGUGUGUGGAGAACUCAGCAGCCAUUGCAACACCAGGUCAGCUGCAGGCUACCUUCGCUGAUGGAUAUGACAACUGUGAUGCUGGCUGGCUGGCUGACCAGACUGUACGGUAUCCCAUCCAGUCUCCUCGGCCUGGUUGCUAUGGCGAUCGUGAGGACUCACCCGGAGUCCGUAACUACGGCAAUAGGUUCCCUGAUGAGCUGUUUGACGUGUACUGCUUUGCUAAGCAGCUUCAAGGUGAAGUUUUCCACUCCAUAGUCCCAGAGAAAUUAAGCCUGGCCACAGCCUCCACUCACUGCCAUUCUCUGGGAGCUCAGCUAGCCACUGUCGGGCAGCUCUACCUCGCCUGGCAGGCUGGCCUGGACCAGUGUGACCCUGGCUGGUUGGCUGACGGUAGCGUCCGCUACCCUAUCAACGUCCCACGGAAGAACUGCGGUGGAGACGAGCCUGGGGUGCGAACUGUCUACAGCAACCCCAACCGUACUGGCUUCCCUGACACCACAGCCUUGUUCGAUGCUUACUGCUACAGAGCCCACCAGCCAGCAGGAGUCCAGGCUGCAGAGGCACAGGCUUUGCACCAGACCGCCAACCCAUCAGCAGAGGCCAUGUCUUCAGCCACUGAAGCCCAGCAUGGUGCCCCUUUUUCCAAGACCUCCAACUGGACUGGCCUGGUUGACUUGGACAAUGCAGGAGUCCACUCCAUUGUGGGAAUCAACAACUCCUCUGAAAUCUCUGAAGAGCAUGUGGUCAUCCAUUUAAGGCCAGAGGAAGGCUGGGAUGAGAAACAGGAAGGACCUACAGCCAACAAACCCAGCCUGCAGGAGGUGUCUGAUGGUCCAAAAAGUAGCAACCCGCCAGGUCUUUCUGAUCUCAGGAGUUUGGAGAACCAUGGAGGUUCUGCUCAUGAGGAAGAAGAUAGUGGUUAUUUUGGAUCAUCUGAGACCCCAUUAUUAUUCACCAUAGCCUCUUCCACUCCCCAGACUCAAACUAGUAAUGGCAUGUUGGCUGAGUUUGUUAACACUCUGAUGAGGCCCUUUAGGUACUGGAGUGGAGGUGAGGACAUGGAGGGAACACAGAAAGGACCUUCAGUGGAAAAAGCAGGAGAGAACCAGACGCAGGGAGAAGGACCCAGCAGAACCUUGAAUGUACCAAAACCCAGUGGAAACAAGGGCAGUGUGGACAAUGCCAUCACGGAUCACAGGAGAGGUAGCUUUUCCUUCAUGGCUCCUACCAGUGGGCAACAGAAUCCAGUGGAAGGUCUCUCUGAGCAGGAGAAAGAGGUCAUGCCGCUGAUUCGAUUAGUGCCUGCAGUCCAAAGCACAGGACAAAGUGACACGACGACGCAGCCAGGAGAGCGAACCUCCAGCUCUCCCUCCACUCUUCAUGAAUUCACCACAUCAGAGCCCAAUGGGAAAGCACCACCCAGUGAACACGUCAACAUCUCUGGUUCUCCGGGUCCCAGAGAAAGCCUGGCUUUUCCCCCUGCCCCCAGCCACCACUUUCAAUGGGCCAUGAAGUCCAUGCGUGGCUCCAAACUUGGCCCCCCUGGUAAAGUGGCCUAUGUAGGUAAACGUCCCACUUGGGAGCCUAUGGAAGCCAAAGCAGGGCCACUUGAGAUGAUGACUCUCCCCACAUCCCUUCGACAGGACAACCCAGAGAACUAUUCAGGCCAGGGGAGGGACCAGGACGGAGAAGAUGCUAACACCCCAUCAGAUGCCAGAAUUGCAUCAGGGGAGGAAAGAGAGAUAGAGGGUAGCAGUGAAGGGAAAAACUUUCCUGAUGGGUUUGGAUUGAAAGCCGGCAACAUGGACAGCAGUGAUCCUGAAACAGAGUCUUCUCUUAGACAAAGCCAGACCGAGUUUGUGACUGUGGCAGAGCGCACCACUCUGUCCCAGUGGCAGCUAGUGGAGCAGCCCACCACCCCACCUCUGGGUUCCCAGGAACCAGACACAGCAGAGGAGGCCAGGGGAGAGAUCUUUUAUGUUCGACGGCCUACCGACAACCUCUCCUCUGCUUCCUCCCAAAGAGAAGAGGGUAGUUCAAAUUCAGGUUUUACUCCUGUUUUUAGGAAGCACAGUAAAGUCAUGAGCAGAAAGGAGACAAUGACUUCCACGCCUGAAGCCCUAAUGGAGGUUCUGACAACCUCUGAAAUGACCACAGUGGAACUUUUGAAAACCACAGACACACAGAGGACAGAUCCUGUCACCACAGUAGCCACGACAGAGAAGUUCUCAGACAAAGCCACUACAGAGGAACAGUCCAUUUCCAUUUCAUGGGUUCAGGAAAAGAAUGAAGAAACAACAAGUACACCUGACCUGCAGGAACUCUCAGCUACUCCAACACCCAGUGAGGGAUCUCAAACGACUACAGAUGUCAUUCAGUUGAUUACCUUUGCAUCAGACUCCAAGGCUGGCAUCACAGAAAUGGAGUCCAGGUCUGCAGUCUCUGAAUCCUUUGUGGUUGGAAGUCAGUGGACACCUUUCAAAGACAUGAGCCCAAAGUCAGAGGAGCACAAAACUUCAGUGACGACUGACGACAAAGAUGCAAACAACCCUUUCGGCGUUCUCGUACCCAACUGGGCCUUUGGGCUAAUCCCAUCAGUUGAGAGUAACCCAUGCCAGACCAACCCCUGCCUCCAUGGAGGGAGCUGCCUGCAGGAGGGUGACGGUUAUAGCUGCUACUGUCCUCAGGGCUUCUCUGGAGAGAGCUGCGAGAUCGACAUUGAUGACUGCCAGUCUAAUCCAUGCCAGAAUGGAGGAACCUGCAUCGAUGAGAUCAACUCCUUUGUGUGUCUUUGCUUGCCCAGCUACGGAGGAGCUACUUGUGAGAAAGACACUGAGGGCUGUGAGCACAUGUGGAGGAAGUUCCACGGCCACUGCUACAGGUACUUCAGCCGGAGACACACCUGGGAGGACGCCGAGAAGGACUGCAGGGAGCACAGCGGUCAUCUGGCUAGUAUCCACAGCCUGGCCGAGCAGAACUUCAUCAGAGGUCUAAGCCAUGACAACACUUGGAUCGGGUUAAAUGAUCGUACGGUGGAGGACGAUUUUCAGUGGACUGACAAGAUGGACCUGCAAUAUGAGAACUGGCGUGAAAACCAGCCGGAUAACUUCUUUGCAGGAGGAGAAGACUGCGUGGUUAUGAUUGCUCAUGAAAACGGAAAAUGGAACGACGUGCCCUGCAACUACAAUCUGCCCUACGUCUGCAAGAAGGGAACAGUGCUUUGCGGAGCCCCGCCUUCUGUGGAUAAUGCCUUCCUGAUUGGUCGGAAGCGUUCCCACUAUGACAUCCACUCUGUGGUGCGCUACCAGUGCGCCGAUGGCUUCCUGCAGCGCCACGUGCCCACUGCUAAGUGUCGUGCCAAUGGCAAGUGGGACCGGCCUAAAAUCAUCUGCAUAAAAUCCCGACGAGCCCACCGUUACCGACGCCACCACCACAAGGGCAGGAGGGAGCGCAGAAAGCACAGGAGGCAUGGCCACAGAGAGGGAGGGCACCACGGAGGGGUGCCGGGCCAAGGCCACGUCCAUGUCCACUUCUAAACCAAAAUAAAAAAAAAAAAAAAAAAAACCCAUCCCCUGUCCUUUUCUCCUCUGCUGCCAGCUGCAGUUUGCCUGUCGUCCCUUCCUCUCACCUCAUGUCCCCAAACAGUACUUCACACCUUAGAGCCUAAAACCCUCCCGAGCCCCCUUCCCUGCACCACACUGCCCUGCCCUUAGCGCUACUACUGGUUCUCUGAGUCAGUCUGUAUCACAGGCAACUCUGAGGCCUGCCACAGUGCUGCCAGGCAUCAGCGGGACAGUAUCAAAAUUAAAAAACUCUUUUUACUUUCAGCCCUCUGUUUUCCUUUCUUGUCUCAAUCUGUCUCUCUCUCUCACCUCCCCUCUAACUCGACCUAGUUACUCCCCCUCCAACUCAACAAUGACCUGAAACAUGGGGCUACGUUGACCUGUUUUGGAAAAAAGAAAACACCUUUGAGAACAUUCUUCGAAGACAAGUGGUUUAGUACAAACUAUAAAUAGGGACGACAUCAUUGAAAAUGCCGUAACAAAAUCAGACAAGUCGAGGAACACAAUCCAUGUUGUUGACUUGAGCCUUUUGUCUGUUGAACACAUUAUUUUUUACAAAUAUUCAGUGUUUAUCUCUUGACUCUGCUGCUUUUGGUUUUCUCUUUGUAAGACAUUGUGCUUAACUUAAAGCGAGUUGUUCUGAAACAGAUUUAAUUGAUUUACACAAUCACAGGCAGUUGUAAUUGAAUUAUUUGAUUGUUAGCGUUGUAUCUUCUUGUCAGUGUAAGACAGUUCCUUUAGAUCAGAUGCUAAACUCCCAGAGGAAAAUGGAAUACACACUGCAUUUCAAUUCAGUUUUGUCAUGCUGCACAUCAAUCACUUUUCAGAAGUGUCCAACAUCUCAGACUGCUCUUAAUGUCAUUGUCAAGGGUUAAUCUGACCCUUUGAUGUCAGUUUGUCCCAACUCAGCUCAGCAAUCCCACGCUUGCUUCACCAUUCCUCAUAAUAUGUCGCUGUAAGAGUGUGUGCUGUGAAUUAAUGGAGGUGAUGCAGCAGGGUGAAUUUCCUCUCGCUCAUCUGUUAUUUUGGAGUUUUACUUGUUUGGUCUGAUUGGUCUGAUGAGGAGAAAUUAUACCAUCAGCCAGGUAUGAGAGACACGGAGCAGGUUAUCUAAGUACAGACUGCACAGAAAAAAAAAAACAUUUGUUAUGAAUAAGGCUUGAAAUUUUACAUUUAGAAUUUCAAAACUUUUGUAUUUGGAAUAAGAUAAUCCUUGCAUUGCAUUUUUUUAUGUGUGUUGUGCCUUCACUGAACUGAAGCGACAGCAGGUCAGCAAAUUUCCAGACAGGUCUUUUUGUAUUGCACUGACACAUGACCAGCUUUUACUUUUGUGUAUCAGAGCAUGCAGCUAAUUUAAACUUGCCCCAAAGGUAGAUUAUAUUUCACAAAAAAAAAA